UGCGCUCACUUCCUGCUUGGCUGCUGCUUCUCUUCGGUCAGUCUGUGUUGAUAACGGCUCCUGCUUCCACACGUGUAGUCUUUCCUAUGUGAAUCUCUCUCUUCGAGACCGGUUUACAAGCUCAUCCUGCUCUACCCCAACAAGCAAAUCAACCGUCGGCGGUGUAAAGCCAUAGAAACCGAUCACCAUGGGGGCUUAUCUGUCGCAGCCUAACACGACCAAGACCUCUUCCGAUGGCGGCAACAGCAACAUGAGCUACGGCUUCUCUGCCAUGCAAGGCUGGCGUGUCUCCAUGGAGGAUGCUCACAAUUGUAUCCCUGAGUUUGACGAGGAGACGGCCAUGUUUGCUGUGUAUGACGGACAUGGAGGUGAAGAGGUUGCUCUGUACUGUUCAAAGUACCUUCCUGACAUCAUCAAGGAACAGAAGACCUACAAAGAUGGCAAACUACAAAAGGCAUUGGAGGAUGCCUUCUUGGCCAUCGACAGCAGAAUGACCACAGAGGACGUCAUCAAAGAGCUGGUCCAGAUCUCUGGACGGCCCACUGAGGAGCCACCAGCUGAAAAGGUGGCAGAGGAGGAUGAUUUGGACACAGAGGAGGCAGCUUUACUCCAUGAGGAGGCCACAAUGACCAUAGAGGAGCUGCUGGUACGCUACGGCCAGAACCGCAAUGCUAUCAAACAUGCUGCUGCCAUCAGUGCGGCUGCUAAGAAGGCGUCUUGCCCGCACCCCGAGGCCUCGGGAGACAAAGGGGAAGGUGGGGAAGGACAGAAGAAAGAUGGGCUGAACGGAGAGGUGGAGGAGGAGAGUAACGGGAAGAUGAAGGAAGGUGAAGGAGCAGCAUGUGGGUCUAAGCUGCGAGCUUGUCGGAGAACAGGAGGAGGUGAAGGCAGUGGUGCAGCAGCUGACUGUGGAGAGUCAGGAAGCUCCAAUGGUGAAGAAAAGGCCGGUAAGGCAGAAGGAGAUGCAGGUCCCUCCUGCUCCUCUUUGUCCUCCAAGGCUGCAGGAGAUUCAAAAUCCAGGUUCUUUGAUGACAGCGAGGAGUCUGAGGAGGGAGAAGAGGAGGAUGGCAGUGAUGAAGAGGAUGGCAGCGAAGAGGAAGAAGGUGACAGCAGUGAGAUGGAAGAAGAAGAGGAUACAGAGGAGGGAGAGGAAGACUCUGAGGAUGAAGAAGAGGAGGAAAUGUGUCUACCUGGAAUGGAUGGCAAAGAGGAGCCUGGCUCAGAUAGCGGCACCACAGCUGUCGUGGCUCUCAUCCGAGGGAAGCAGCUGAUUGUGGCCAAUGCUGGAGACUCUCGCUGUGUGGUGUCUGAACGUGGCAAAGCUGUCGACAUGUCGUAUGACCAUAAGCCUGAGGACGAGGUGGAACUAGCUCGCAUCAAGAAUGCUGGAGGGAAAGUGACCAUGGAUGGGCGGGUCAACGGGGGACUGAACCUCUCCAGAGCGAUUGGUGACCACUUCUAUAAGAGGAACAAGGCUCUGCCCCCAGAGGAGCAGAUGAUUUCUGCAAUGCCGGACGUCAAAGUUCUGACACUUAACGAGGACCACGACUUCAUGGUAAUUGCCUGUGACGGCAUCUGGAAUGUGUUAAGCAGUCAAGAGGUGGUGGACUUCAUCAGUGAGAGGAUCAAACCAGACCAGAGUGGCACAGCCAGGCCACUCUCAUCUAUAGUUGAAGAGCUGGUGGACCACUGUUUGGCCCCCGACACAUCUGGAGACGGGACAGGAUGUGACAACAUGACCUGCAUCAUCAUCACCUUCCGGCCACACCCGUCCCCCACUCAGUCAGAUGACACAAAGAAGAGGAAGCACCCCGAGGAGGCAGAAGGGACUGAGCUGGAGGAGAACGGCAACGACAGCAAAAAGGCUAAAAGUGACUAAAGGAAACGAGAAACUGUCCAGGGGGAGCAGCUGGUCCCAGACUACCCCAGAUACACCAGAGACACAUUCUGUUCAAAAUUAAAUCCUUACCUCACAAGGAUCAAUAAGCCCUAAGACAGAAAUUACAAAUGCUAUACGUAUGCUCAAAGAUCAGCUGAACUAAGAUCAUCAGUAUAGUUUUUGUCCUCUGUUUUAGGUGGAUUCUCACUUUAAUGCCCCCUCUAGUUGGUUCUUUUUUUUUUUUUUUUUUUUCUUUUUUUUUUCUCUCUCUCUCUCGUCAGAAAGAAGCUGGACACGCGUUACCCUCUUAGAUUCAGAAGAGGCAAGCUCGCCACUCACUGGCAUGCUGAAUAGAACAUCACCUUCCGUGUAUUUGUAACUUUCUAACUUGGCAUUGCGCAAAGGUAACAUUAGGGAAACCUGAUUGAAUGAGAGGAUAUUCCUGUCCUUUGUAGCCCAAAUUGAAGCUUAAUGAUGCUGUGAGACUGCAAAUGCUAGUCUAGUGUUGCACUGAAUGUGUUGGUGCCCUGUUUCAGGCUCCUCUCUGAUGUUGAUAUCUCACCCUGAGUGUUCAGGGGCAGUUUGUGUGAGUCGCUGUUUGACAGAGAGGAACUGAAGGAUUUUGGGGUACUAGUCCAGUUGCUCUACUUUGCCAUUUAUAUAUAUAUAUAUUUCCCAUUAGCAUCUAUUGAAACGUGAGGUUUUUUUUUUUUUUUUUAAUUCCUCUUUUACCCAGUCUUACUGGUCACAUGACACUCAAUGCAUCACCAUUAUCCUGCCUUUCUUUUGAUUCCUGCUUUGUGUCUUGUCUUGAUCAAAAUCUGUAAAUUUCCAGAUGGCAAAAAGAUGCCAGGGUUUUGAGAACGAGUGUACUUUUCAUCUGUAAGAGAUGAUAGCAGGGAAACGGAGGCAAGCCUUAUGUGUCUCUGUGUGUCCUUCCAGAGAGAGGUGUUGAUUGAAGCCCUGGAGUGGCCCUCCACAAACCGCUCAUCUCCAGGACUACACCUUCCUCCACCCAUUUACUCUCCCUGCCUGUCCCAAUGUUUCCACCUUAACACCAUUUUAAGAUUAUCUCUUGAACAUGUUUUAUUUAAAAAGUAUUUCCACUCAAAAUUUCAUAUUUUUUUCCAUUUUUGAUAAUUCAUUCAUUUGACAGUUGGGUUUUGUUUUUUUUUUUAACUUUUUGUGAGCACACUCUGAAAAUGCCCUGACGCUGGACUGUGGACAGGAUGCACAAGGUUAUUUUUUUGAGUGGAAACAAAAUUUGAAAUUCAGAGCACGAAGACAGUUUAACUGUUUAGAAGAAUUUUUUUCUUUAUUUCCAGAAGCCUCAUUUAAAACCCUUUUGUGUGACUGUCAGUUUGUUUCUAGUGUACUAUCUCGUCACCAUGCCCUUUUUUCUGUACAUAGUUUUUUCAAUACUUGUAAUUGAAGAAAAAGAAAAUGCUUUUUCUUUGUAAUUGUGAGUCAAUGUGACAUUUUUGGUGCAUACUCUUUUGACACCAGUAUGUAAGUACAUACAAAUACAUUUUUUUAAAUAAUCAGA